UUUAUGGCUGACCAUCUUAAAGCUUUUGUUUAAUCGUGUUAUCUCAUAUUAAAAUCCAAUCGCUGAACCUUGCUCAUUCGAUUAUGUUUCACACUGUUUGAUUUACAUGACGUCAGCAGUAAACUUUGCAGCUAAUCUGGCCACUGCUGGGUACUCCCAAAAGUGUGAUAACGUGAUCACGUUUUUGACAUCAUACUGCGCCUAUUUCGAACAAUCGGGCGGGCGAUAAAUUCACCAUUGCUUCAAGAAAAAAAAACUGCAAAUCACCCCGAAGGAUAGUCGGGGCUGUGCUGUGGGAUGGAUUGCGCCGUGAUCAAUAAUUAUCAAGUAAUUGAUAUUUUUGCCCAGAUGGCAGUAUAACAGGAAUGACUAAAAUUGGGCGGACCACCAGUCGACUGCUGGGUGCCAAUAGUAACGGUCCGGUGUGCUGCAACAGCAACAUGCGUACCAUCGUGUCAAGUCUUUGUAUAUUCCUUGUGUUAAGUGUCGUAGUACACGGGUCGUUAAAUGAUGAAUAUGACAGUGAUAAACGAUACCAUCCAAGGCUACCCGAUGAAGACGUUCCGGUGAAGUCCUCCAGAAAUGCUGAACAGGAACAAACGAUCGAAUACUGGAGAAAUCAGGCAAAGGCAACCGUUGAGAAGCUUGUGAAACGAGCAGAAAAUACAAACAUUGCCAAGAAUGUCAUCAUGUUUCUGGGCGAUGGAAUGUCCAUCUCGACCGUUGCACUAGCAAGAAUUCAUGCGGGUGGCGAAGAGACUCCACUAUCCUUCGAAGAGUUCCCUUACACAGGCAUGGCGAAGACGUACUGCGUCGACUACCAGGUAUCGGAUUCUGCAUGUACUGCCACAGCUUACUUGACCGGUGUCAAGGGCAACAUGGACACGAUCGGUGUGAAUGCGCAUGUAAAAGUUCGUGACUGUGAAGCCGGUCGCAAUCGAUCAUUGCACACCACGUCCAUCGGUCAGUGGGCAAUCGAUGCGGGAAAAGAUUCGGGAAUAGUUACCACGACUCGUGUCACCCAUGCGUCCCCGGCCGGUAUCUAUGCACACACCGCGUACCGUGAUUGGGAGGAUGACAACUAUGUGAAGGAAGAUGGCUGUGAUCCAGACCUGGUUGAUGAUAUUGCGGAACAGUUGGUGUACGGUGAGACGGCUCCACGGUUGCGUGUGAUUUUGGGUGGUGGACGGCGCGAGUUUAUUGAUCGUGAUGUACAUGAGGAUUAUGAAACGGGCAAAGGAGGAUACCGAUCGGAUGGAAGACAUUUGAUUAACGAGUGGCUUCGGAAUGGUCCGGUCGGAGAGAACCGAACAUUUGUGUGGAAACGAUCGGAUUUGUUGGCGGUUGAUCCUCACCGAACGGAUCGAUUGCUGGGAAUGUUUGAGCCGGGACAUUGUGCGUAUAAUUUGGAUAGAAUUGAAAAUAAUUUGGAUGAAGAACCAACACUGUCCGAGAUGGUGGACAAAGCAACAGAUAUCCUCAGUACCAACCCGGAAGGGUUCUUCCUGUUCGUUGAGGGAGGACGAAUCGAUCACGCCCAUCAUGAUAAUCGUGCUAAGUACGCGAUCGAUGAAACGAUUGAGUUCGCGAAAGCGAUCGAACUGGCACGGAAGAAGUACAGUGAAGAAGAUACCUUGAUUGUGGUGACAUCGGAUCAUUCGCACAGUGUCAGCUUCGCUGGGUAUCCGAGUCGUGGAAAUGACAUUUUCGGAACAGCUGGAAAUGGUAGAGACGGUGUACCUUAUAUGACCAUUAGCUACGCUAAUGGACCAGGCUACAAGAAACACGUUGAUGCCGAAGCUGGUGCCAGGCUGGAUGUACGUCAGAUGGACCGAUCGAAGUCAAACUUUGCCUUCCCUGCCAUGUUACCGAAGGAUUCCGAAACGCACGGUGGUGAAGAUGUGGCAGUGUAUGCGUCCGGACCAUGGUCUCAUCUGUUUACUGGCACAUACGAACAAAACGUCAUACCGCAUAUGAUGGCGUACGCUUCGUGUCUUGGAAAUGGGUUGAAGGCAUGUGAUUGAGCUGCAGCAUUUGCAUGAGACGAUGAAUGAAAUAUUCUAACCUUCCUCACCAUUGAUCUUUGAAACAAAUCAAGCACACGGACGUGAGAAAUGUAUUGUAAUGAUCGAAUAGUUUCUAGGAAACAAAGUAGGAAUACUCUUAAAACAAGGGCCUUCAAAUGUCUUCAACACACGUGCGAAAAGUUUUACACGGGAAAUGAUGAAAGGCACGUGUUGAAGUAGGUACGCUACGCCAUGAUUGUUCUUCCGGCAGGAUCACUUGUUGCAGCAAUUGUUUUCAUUGUGAAGCGGCUUAAGCUUCAUCUCACGAGAUACGUGCCACUAUCGAUGAAUAAUCGAACUUCAAAAUUCGUCAAAAAGUUUUGAUAGCAAUAAAAAUCAAAACAUUUAUCAAACCGAUGCUAGACAAGACCUAGCCAAUGCCAAACAUUAACACUGUUAGCAAAAUAAAAGAAAGUGUAGAGAUAAUGUCAAUUCAUGCGAUUAGACUUUGA